AUGCGCGUACUCAUCACUGGCGCCGCCGGGUUCAUCGGUCAGAUUGUCGCCAGCAAAUUGUUAGAAGACGAAAGCAAUGAGCUCAUCUUAACCGAUGUUAUCGAGCCGCCCGUACCCGGCUCAAAAUCCCACGUGAAGCUCAUCAAAGCUGAUCUGGUCGAUGAGGCGACAAAGGUGAUACCGGAGAGUCUCGAUGCAGCCAUACUCCUCCAUGGCAUCAUGAGUUCCGGCGCAGAGGCAAACUUCGACCUGGGUUAUCGCGUCAAUGUUGAUGCAACACGCUCGGUCUUGAGUCUACUCGCCAAGAGAUGUCCCGGCGUUCGCGUUCUCUACGCAUCGAGUGAAGCCGUGUACGGCAGGCCGGUCCCCGCGCAGAAUGUCACAGAAGACGACAUACCGAGUCCGGAAAUGUCCUACGGUUGUCAGAAGGUUAUAUGCGAAACCCUCAUCAAUGACUACACCCGUAGGAACAUGAUCAAUGGCUUUGCCCUCCGGUUUCCUACCAUCUCCGUCCGAUCGGGCCCUCCCAGUGCAGCAGUGUCAAGCUUUCUUUCGGGGGUGAUUCGGGAGCCACUCAAUGGCCAGAAGUGCACCAUCCCUUUGAAAGAUCGAGCUUGGCGUCAUUGGAUGUCUUCUCCAAAGACACUGGUCCACAAUCUGAUGGGGGCUUUGACCUUACCGAAAGACGCUCUGCCCCCACACCGGAGAGCCGUAAAUAUGCCAGGUUUCGGCGUAACGGUACAGGACAUGUUGGACGCCUUGGAGGAGGUUGGUGGCAAGGAUAAGCUGUUACUGGUUGAAGAGAAGAACGAUCCUGAGCUAAGAUCUUUGCUGUAUUCCUGGGCCGAUCAUUUCGAUAACAGCCUAGCCAUAUCGUUGGGGAUGAAGCAGGACACUUCGUUUGUUCAGUCGGCAAGAGACUAUUUGGAGACUAUGUAA